GUGUUUAUAAGGGAGCGAGCCUCCUCCUAAGCACCACAGAGUCUGGGACUGACUGAGAACAUGAGACUCUUACUGGUGUUAGCCUGCUGCCUGGCAGCCUGCCUGGCAAGUCCUCACCCAUGCCAUACUCCUUCUUUGCUCACUGGAGCUCUCACUGUGUCCACACAGAAUGAGGAGCUGUGGGCUUUCGGCAGAUACCUGUAUGACGGAAUGGGACAACGGCUUCGGCUCUUUGAGCUGGCUAAUUACAACAAUCACACAAUGGAUGUUGACCUUCUGCUGAUGUACAGAGAGGCUGUCAUGUACGAGAUUUCAUACGAAAAACGUACAUGCACGAAGCAACCCCUGCAGGCACAGUUCCAUCCUUGGGAAGUUCCAAAAGACGCAACUCUGCUGGGCCCGGCUAUUGUGGGAGGCUCCUCUUCACCUGGAGAGGGACUUCUGGUCAACACCUGGACAGGAGAUUUGCCAGACAAAACAGGAAAGUACAUAGCCACCGUCACUGAAUUUGGAUGCAUUCCUGUCACAUCUAUGUUCCAGACCAAACAGUUCGGGUGGUUGGUCGUAAGCUUCUUCGACAACGUCAGAGGGAUUACGGAUCCCAGUUUGCUCGACCCGCCAGAGUUCUGCGCCAACGUGGCGACCAGUGCAACACCGCCAGUUCAUUUUUCCAGCUUGUUCCGAAAGAGGACAAAAUAAUGUGUCAAAGACAAAUAGACACCAUAUGAGGAAGACUUGACAAAAUUUUGCCAAAUCUGACAAAAUACUCAAGUAUAAAGUUAGAGAAAAUCAUUAGCUCCAAUCCAAAUAAUUACAAACAUCUGUUGUUCUUUAAUGGAACUGUGGCUAUGAUCCGUUUAUGUUCAUAACCACAGCAAAUUGAUUUACUUACUAGCUCAUAAAUUCUAACAUUGCACUAAUGUUCAGUGUCUAUCAAUAACAUUUCUAACAAGAUUUAAUGACUGCAUACAGUUAGUUCUACCUUGCUCAUGUGUUUAAUGACAUCAUAGAAUACGCAGCAUUGCAAUACCUUGGUAAAAGUGAUAACGAUGACGACAGUUUGUCUUGUUUUACUGCAAUAGAAAGUCCUGCAGCAACAACACAAGCUUGGUUGUAACUAGACACUAGGAUUCAAUAAGUUGCAAUAAAAAAUGUUUUUAAAAAAAA